AACACACGCACGCGGCCAUUAAUAGACAAAAACAAAAAGCUAGCAAUGGGCUGUAAUGCUCGCGAGUAUAAAUAAUUCUUGAGAGGCGAAAUCAGGGAAAUCAAGAAAGGCGACAAAGAAAGCAGUGACAACUAAAGGUCACCAGCCAAGCAGCGUAUAAGGCAAAACAAAUACCAAUACAAAGGAAGAACGAAUUGCGUGCGCGCGGGCGAAGCAGAGCUGACGGCACAUACAGAAUGAUUUAAGUCACCAAAAAUUGGAGGCGAAAACAAACACAACGACAACGACUGGGACCGGAACGGGUCUAAUUUUUAUACAAAGCCCAACAAAAAAAUAAAUAUACAGAAAAGCCGUAAUCACAGAGCCACCUGCGACAAUCAUCUGCACCUGCUACCCGCUACAAUGGCCAGUGUCUGGAAGAGAUUGCAGCGCAACUUCAAGCGGGCGGCCAAAUUCCAGUUCACCGCCUCGUACCAUGAUCUGCAUCUGGAAACCACCGCCAAGUGGCGACCGUCGAACCUCUCGAUAGUGUGGACAAGAAGAUCAAGACGAGUCGCCAGCGCUCCGUUGCCAUGGGAGCCGGACAUGAUGAAUCCCUUGGUGGGCAAUAUAUCUUGGCCCGUGCCCGACAAUCAUACCAUAUCGGUAACCCUGUUCAAGGAUCCCCGCACUCACGAGCUGGAGGACAAGGACUGGACGUUUGUCAUCGAAGAUGUUACCCCUAUGGGUAAGAAGCGUGUGUUGGCCAAUGCCAGCAUCAAUAUGAGAAAGUAUGCCAGCAUAGAAUCCACUCAGCAGAGCUUUACAUUGAGUCUAAAGCCCGUUUCGAAGAAGAUUACAGCUGCCAGCUUGGAACUCACGAUAAGCUGUGUAUUUUUAAGGGAGGGCAAGGCAACAGAUGAGGACAUGCAGAGCGUUGUCUCCAUGAUGUCCGUAAAUAACAACUGUGAUGUGGCGCCCUUGGAUGACUUGGAGGAUAUCCCCGACUUGGAGAAUUUUAGUGAAAUUACAGACAAUUUUUAUGACUUUACCCAGCAAUUGGACCAGAUGACAACGAGCCUCAAUGGUUAUGAUGUGGCAACCCCCCUAAGCGUACCUUCGUUAUCUGAAGACCCCACUCCCUUGGCCGAGUCCUUUAAUCAAUUGCAUUUUGAAUUAGACGGCGAUGGCGAACGGGAAGCCACAAACAAGUUAGACUUGCCCAGCACGGCUGCAGCAACCGGUGGCUCUAGCGGGGCCAGUGGUAGCGCUGACGAGUCUCUGAAAACUCCCAACGGAGUACAGGCUGUGGAUAGCACGCCCAUCAAGUCGCCGGUCGAGGCAAAGCAGCAGAAACAGACCCCGGGCGAGGUCUUGGGUUCGAAAACAAACGACUCUUUUGCCAAGCUGCUGACCUCAACGCCGCUGGAACCCAAAGUAAGCAAGGAUGAACCGAAGCAGAUGAAGAAGAGGGCUUUGUACUUCACCGAAAAGGAGGAUAAGAACGAUUUCAAAGACGAAACUCGCAAGGAGGAGGCUAUCAAGAGUCUCGGGAACAACAGUACCGCUGCAAAGGAUGAUUCUACGGAGAAGAGCAAGACCCCGACUGUGGCGACUCCCAAUGUGAAGCGGCCUGAGCUGCAGCCUUUGAACUUAAAGAAGAGCUACGAACCCUCGCCAACUCCUGCAACUGCACCGGCACCCGCUCCCUUGAUAAACGAUUCGAUGGCAUCACAGACAGGAGCUAAUGCCUCUAUCGUUUCGAACAACAGCCUGAAGCCGGUGGAGAAGAUUGUGCUGAAGGAGAACACGCCCGGCCAGGAUCUGCUGGAAUGGUGCAAGGAAGUAACCAAAGACUAUCCCAAUGUUAAGGUCACCAAUCUGACUACUAGUUGGCGCAACGGCAUGGCCUUCUGCGCGAUAAUUCACCACUUUGUGCCGGAGCUAAUUGACAUGUCCAAGUUGAGUGCCCACGAGGUGGUUGGCAACUGUCGGAUAGCCUUCGAUGCGGCAGAAUCCCUUGGUAUUCCUCGUGUGAUCGAGCCUCGGGACAUGAAUCUGCUGACAGUGCCCGAUAAGUUGGCCGUAAUGACCUAUUUGCAUCAGCUGAGGGCGCAUUUCACAGGCAAACAGUUGCAAAUUGAACAAAUAGGCUCCACGGCUGACGAGUCCAGCUAUGUGAUCGGCAACUACAAGUCAGAUAACUUGUCGCAGAGCCGCUUGAACUUCUCGCACCUGAAGACACAGCUACUGCAUCAGAAUUCUUUUGACGAUGAGAUUAACGGGCUGAACAAAUCGGAGCAGUUGUCGCCGACCAGCAAGAAAGAUGUUAAGAAUCUGAUUCUGUACAAUUCGAAGAACAUUUUGGAUAAGGUGCUGUCGCCCGCCAAGGAUAAGAAUUCGAUCAAUGCCUCGCAGCAUGCCAACCAGUCGUCUGUGCAAACGCCACCGCCACAGGAGGAGUCCGUGGAUGAUGUCCCAUCAAUGGGUGGCAAGGAGAACAGCUCUCUAUCCGUCCUAGAUGCCCAGGCGGCCAGUCGAAUUGUAACGCGCCACAAGCUGAUGAGCGAAAAGGCCAAGCUGCUGAGGGAAAAGCUAAAGCUUUGCAAUAAUCCCAGCGAUGCGAACGAAGAGGAGAGGCAGCAGCGGCUGCGGGAACAGGCCCGUCGCUUGAUCUUGGAGACGCGUGUAAAGAGCGGCGGCGGCUCGAUUGAAAGUCCUACCAGCCCCACCAAGCCCAAACGGUUUAAUUUCUCUCCGGAGCGCACCAUUUCCCCUAUCCACAAUGGAGCUGAUGAGUUCUUUGCGGAUCACGGCAAAAAGCUGGAAGUCAAGGAACAACCCGGAAGUCCUAGUCAUAGGUUAAGUGAUCCCAAGGGACUCGGCGUCAAGGGCAGUCCUCUGCAGUCCUUCAACGCGAUCGUGGACCGCAUCUCACCAAAGAACGAAAAGAGGGGCGACAAACUGUCCUACAUCGAGUCGGAGCUGGAGGCCCUGGAGCGGGAGCAAGAAGCAAUUGACCAGAAGGCAAGCAGUCUGGAGGCCAAGCUGCGCGCCGUGAUGGGCGGCAAUCCAAGUAAUAAUCGUCGCAGUAGAGGCGGUGGCAAUCCGUUCCUUAGGCUAAUCAGAAAUAGUAUUGGUGGUGGUGAUGUGAUACGAAUUAAGCUGCUUGACUCGGACGACGAGAGUCUGUUCGGUGGUGGUGGUGAAGGUGCUGGUAGUGGUGGCGGUGGCAGUGGAGCUUGCAGCGAGGACGAAGAUGACGAGGCCACGUCCAGCGACAGUGUCUGCAACUCUGGUGAUGAAGUGCACAUUGCGCGACUGCGCCCACGCCACCGCCAGCGUCCCCGACCCCGCUCCCAGUCGUGUUUUGUGAAUGUGAACAACAAGGGCCAUCCAUCGAACAUGACCACACCCAUCGCUCAUCUGCGCCCGCAUCAUGUGCAUCAUGUUGUGCCCUAUACCCACAUGCUAGAUAGUUCCCCGUCGGCGGUUUCCUCGCAGCAGUCCUCCUGUGAUAACCUCUACGUGUGCAGCGACGAUGACGAUGUCCUGGCAUUGGCGGCCACCGGUCAAGCGGCCUCCCAGCGGCGGCAGCAGGAUCGCCACCGGCGGCGCCGUCACCAGCAGGAUCGGCGGCGCUCCUCCCGUUUAUGUCACAGUCCAGGUGCUCAUGGUGAGACCGAGGAAACGGAGGAGCAACUCCUAUCGCAGUGGUUCACGCUGGUCAACAAGAAGAACGCACUCCUCCGCCGACAAAUGCAACUGAACAUUCUCGAGCAAGAGAAAGACCUAGAGCGAAAGCAUACGAUGCUGAAUCAGGAGCUACGGGCGGCGCAAUCCGUGGAGGACUGGCGCAAGACGGAGGUGCAGCGUGAGAAGGAACGACUGCUGCUUGAGGAGCUAAUGACGAUUGUCGACAAGCGGGACCAGUUGGUACAGCAUCUGCACAACCAGGAGAUAGCGAUCGAGGACGAUCAUGAGAUAGCAAGGGAACUGGAGCAGGUCGACAUUAGCGGCGGCAAAGACAAAUGUGUUCUUCAAUAGAAAUCGAAAUUAACCAAAACCUGACUGGAGAUUAUACUUACAAACACACACUCACUUAUCUAUGUAACUAGUUAGAUAACAACUAUGUAUGUUCGUGGUCGCGUGGUUUUUGUGGUUCAGUGUCGCUUAUGCAAUCGUUAUAUCCAACGGCAACACAAUACUUGGACCACUCUCGGUAUGGUUUAAAAGAAAAAACAACAAAGAACACUGUGAAAGAAAAGGUAAAAUUGCUUUUGUAUUUAAGCAAAGAAAAAAUUCAAAAAACAAAUAAUAAGAACAAAACGUCCGUUAGUGAAUUAAGUAAAAAGACAACAACAGACAACACUUCAAAAGGGACAAUUUUUCACAUAUUUAUGGUAACCAUCAGAUAUUGCAAAUUAUUUCUAGUUAAUUUUGUGUAAAUUCAGUUCGUUUUUGUUUUGUAUUUUUGUGCCAUGUCGAAAAUAAAUCCUGAACCCAACAUCUGACAGAAUUGAGGAGGCAAUUUUAUGAUAGUUUGUACUUUUAGCAUUUAUCCCAAACACACACACCAACACACAGUACUAGAAAACGCUUCAUCCAAAAAUACACAUACUCUAUAUACAUAUAUUUAUGAUCCUACCUUUUUGUGCAAAAAAGAACCUAUCUUACUAUUCAUAAUUUAGAUCCUUAUGUACGAUGUUUGCUCUAAGUUAAGGCAAAGCGCUUUAAUCAUAUAAUUUAAAGGUGGCUUAUAUACUUAUACAAAUAAAACAAAUUUUAAUUUACUUUUGCCCCCGGCGAAUGUAUAAAGAACUGUUCAAAACCCAAGAGAGAAACCCUAGCUAAUAAAGCAAAGACAAUGCUGAUCAAAAUCGAAAGCGUUGAAUGAAUAAACCCAACAAUAAUUGUGAAUAAA